CUACUCUACCGGCGGCGCCUCGAUAACGUCGCACGCCAAACCCUUUCUACCUUCCUCCUUACCUCGGGAAGGGUCUGGUCAUUGGAGCUAAUGCCGACCCAUGGUUGUCUUGGGUGUUGUGUCACUUCCCGGACCGCAAGACAGGACAAGUCCGUGACGCCGGCCAAUGCUCCGGUCCAGAGUCUACAUUUACGUUCUCUUUUUUUUUUUUUUUUUUUUUUUAACUUCGACUUGUAUGUAUUCCGCGAGAUCUACCUCACGUCCAUAUCACGGAUCCGAUCGUUGGAGCCUUUUUUUAUUUCCUUUUUUUCUUUUCUCGUUCACUUGUUACGACUCAAAUCUAUCUCUUUUUUCUUCGAACAGCGCGGAGUUGGGAAUCAAUGGAGGUUUUUUUUUACAACAUGGACGAUGUUGCUCGUUGGAGCAAAAUGUUGCUGGCGCAGCGGGCGUACAUUCAGACAGGAAAAAGCGGCACGAUCGAUUUCUUCCUCCGUUUCACUUCAUUGGCCUUUUCUUCUUCUUUUCGUCUUCUAUAUUCUCUUUCCACCGGGGGGGACAUAUACCAUUAUUUCUAAUGGCGAACUUUGGUCGGGGAAGCCAAACUGCACUGGUUGCCCCGUUUGAGUGGCCCGCCUCCUAGAUGCGGGGAUCUUUUCUUCUUCUUUCCAGGCAAGGGGAGAACAUCGAAGAACAAUAUCAAACACAAUAGAAUGGAAAGCGUGGGUGGGAAGGCGUGAUACCAAGCGAUGGGG